AUGAGUAAAAUCACGAAAGAUACACUUCAAGAAGCCAUUGCCGCCAUUCUUUCUUCUUCUAGGAAGAAGAAGAGACGGUUCAUUGAAUCUGUAGAACUCCAGAUUGCCUUGAAGAACUAUGAUCCCCAAAAGGACAAGAGGUUUUCUGGCACGGUCAAGCUGAAGUACAUCCCUCGUCCCAAGUUAAGAGUUUGCAUUUUGGGUGACCAGCAGCACAUGGAUGAAGCCCGGGCCAACCAUAUCCCUUGUAUGGAUGCUGAUGCCCUUAAAAAGUUGAACAAAAACAAGAAAUUGGUCAAAAAGCUUGCCAAGAAAUAUGAUGCUUUUCUUGCAUCUGAUUCUUUGAUUAAACAGAUUCCCAGAAUACUUGGUCCUGGUCUCAAUAAGGCUGGCAAGUUCCCUACCCCCAUCUCUCACGCUGAGUCUAUGAAUGGCAAAGUGGAGGAAACCAAAGCUACCAUCAAAUUCCAGAUGAAAAAGGUUUUGUGCCUGGCUGUCUGUGUUGGUCACGUGAAGAUGAGUGCAGAUCACCUUUAUUCAAAUAUCAGUCUUGCCAUCAAUUUCUUGCAACACAUAAAAAGGCAGCAAAAAUCCCCCUAUCUAUCUAUUCAUCUAUCUAUCUAUCUAUCUAUCUAUCUAUCUAUCUAUCUAAAUCUUUUUCCCCUCUACUAUCUAUCUAUCUAUCUAUCUAUCUAUCUAUCUAUCUAUCUAUCUAUCUAUCGAAAUCUUUUCUCCUCCACUAUCUAUCUAUCUAUCAUCGAAAAUUUUCCCCCCACCAUUCUAUCUAUCUAUCUAUCUAUCUAUCUAUCUAUCUAUCUAUCUAAAUAUUUUCCCCCACUAUCAUCUAUCUAUCUAUCUAUCUAUCUAUCUAUCUAUCUAUCUAUCUAUCUAUCUAUCGAAAUCUUUUUCUCCUCCACUAUCUAUCUAUCUAUCGAAAAUUUUCCCCUCCAUCUAUCUAUCUAUCUAUCUAUCUAUCUAUCUAUCUAUCUAUCUAUCUAUCUAUCUAAAUCUUUUUCCCCCACUAUCUAUCUAUCUAUCUAUCUAUCUAUCUAUCUAUCUAUCUAUCUAUCUAUCUAUCUAUCUAAAUCUUUUCCCCCUCUACUAUCUAUCUAUCUAUCUAUCUAUCUAUCUAUCUAUCUAUCUAUCUAUCUAUCGAAAUCUUUUUCUCCUCCACUAUCUAUCUAUCUAUCUAUCUAA